ACGCGGGAGGACGGGAAUUUCGGAUACCGCUCAGUCGCACGCGCCUCGCCAUGGGAUGCUCGUUAAGCGCGGAGGAGCGCGAGGCUCUGGACCGGAGCAAAGCCAUCGAGAAGAACCUGAAGGAGGACGGAAUCAAUGAAGCGAAAGUAGUGAAACUGCUGCUGCUCGGUGGAGGAGAAUCUGGGAAGAGCACUAUUGUCAAACAGAUGAAGAUUAUCCACGAAGAUGGUUUCAGUGGAGACGAUUUAAAGCAGUUUAAACCCAUCGUCUAUAGCAACACCAUUCAGAGUCUGUUCUCCAUUUUAAAAGCAAUGGAGAACCUUGGCAUCGAGUAUGAAGACAAGGGCAGGGCUUCUGAUGGAAAGUUAGUCUGUGACAUAAUCAGCCGUAUGGAGGACACGGAGCCGUACACACCUGAAGUUCUGGUGGCCAUGAAGCGUCUGUGGAAAGAUGGAGGAGUUCAGGCCUGCUUCAAUCGAUCACGAGAAUAUCAGCUCAAUGACUCCGCUCAAUAUUACCUGGACAGUUUGGACCGAAUCGGAUCACCUGAUUAUCUGCCCACUGAGCAGGACAUUCUGAGGUCGCGGGUUAAAACCACCGGAAUCGUGGAGACACACUUCAGCUUCAAGAACCUGAACUUCAGGCUGUUCGAUGUAGGAGGUCAGAGAUCAGAGAGGAAAAAAUGGAUCCACUGCUUCGAAGGUGUGACGGCUAUAAUCUUCUGUGUAGCGAUGAGCGGCUACGACCAAAUGUUACAUGAAGAUGAGACGACGAAUCGUAUGCACGAGUCCCUCAUGCUCUUCGACUCCAUCUGUAAUAAUAAGUUCUUUGUCGACACUUCCAUCAUCCUCUUCCUCAACAAGAAGGAUCUUUUUGGGGAGAAGAUAAAGAAAUCUCCGCUGACGAUGUGCUUCCCGGAGUAUACAGGUCCGAACACGUAUGAUGACGCGUCUGCGUAUAUUCAGGUUCAGUUUGAGAGUAAAAACCGUUCUCCUAAUAAAGAGAUUUACUGCCAUCAGACGUGUGCGACUGACACGGGAAACAUUCAGGUGGUGUUCGACGCCGUCACUGACAUCAUCAUCGCCAACAACCUGCGUGGCUGUGGCCUGUACUGAGCUGUACUGAGUUUAUUGUCAUCAAAAUCAUUGUUUCUCGUCAUAGUAACGAGCGACUGAACUGAAACUCCGCCCCUUUGACCAACAUUAUGUCAUAAUACUUCAUCCUGUUUUUGUCGUUUGUCUGGUUUUCUUUAUAAUCCUGAGUUAAAACGGGCACUUGUGUGUGAGCGUGUGUGUGAGCGUGUGUGUGUUUGUGCAUGUGUGUGUGUGUGUGUGUGUGUGUGUGUGUGUGUUUGUGUGAGUGUAGGAUAAUUAGUGUACGGCUAAAUCUGGAAAAUUUGCGGGACGCAUAACAAAAAAAAAAAAAAACCUGAAAUAAACCUAAAUACAAUCUAAAAAAAAUUCUCAGGAUCGUAGAGAGAUCAGUUUCUGCUCUAAACUGUUUUUAUUUAUAAUUAAUGAAUAUUUCAGAAGCAUUAAAUGCUAAUGAGAUAUUCGUCGUGAGACGUGAACGAGUGUUCGGGUGAAAGUGGAGAGCGAUAAACUCUCCUGUGACGUCGACAGAAUCGUCAGAUGAAUCUAUUGGAUAACGCUUUUACAUCAAGGUUUUCUUAAUUGACAUCAAUUAACGCGUUAAUUAACAUAAACAAACCCUGAACUUCAUAUUAAUGCACCAUCAGGAACAAACUAAUUAACACUCGUUAAAUAUUAAUGAUAUGAUAAUAAUAACGAUAUGAUGUUUUUUUUAAAAUAAUAAACCACAUAACCUGAACACCUGCAUUGCACCUGCAUGUUUAUAUCAUCAGAGAGUAAAAAAAUUGCUUUCAAUUAAUUUGUGUUAAUUGCAUAAACAUUAGUCAAUGCAGGUGUGUUUCAUUAACACUUAAACAAACGUAUUAAUUUCGGAGUAAAAUCAUGUUACAGAAACGUUACAGCUUUACCUCUGACUCUUACAAAGCACUGACACUGGAGACUCCUUCCUUAAAUGUUACAUCAUAAACUUAUCCUAAAGAUAUCUACACAUCAAAUUAAUCACCACCUUCUGACCAAUCACAAGCCAGAAUUCAACAGCGCUGUGGGAUAACUGAUGUUAAUUGAUGUUUAUGCAGUACAUAAUUCUCGUUAAGGGAAGCUUCGUGUAAAACGUCACCAUUUCUUUGUAAAUUAUUAUAUUUAUUGAGUUGUGUAUAAAAUACGAAGGCUUGUGUGUACAGAUUUUGUAUCUCCUGCACGUACAUGUUAGAUCUCUAUAAACAGAGCGAACCGAUUCAGCGCACUGACAGUUAUAUAUAUCACGAUUUAGAGGAAAAAAUGUAGCACAUAGAAAAGAAAAGAAAAGAAAAGCGCAGUCAUAUGUAGCUAAAUUAAUAAAUAAACAAACUACUGAACUCACCUUCUUCAUCUCUGUGUGUGUGUGUGUGUGUGUGUGUGCACGUGAGCUUAAACCUUUCUCUCUCCUUUUACUGAACCCUCAGUUCUUUCGUAAAAGCUCGGUCUUUCCCUACGUCAUUGUACUGCUGAUUUAAUUUGGUGAAAUGUUUACAAUAAAAUCACAGUCUGGAACCAUUUUAUAGUUUCUCUUU